AUGGUUCAUCUCUCCCGCGUUCAGACCGGCCUCACGGAUCCCAAGGGCGCCGCCGCCUCGGACCUCCACCACAAGGCCGCGCAGCUGCACCUCGCCGAGUACAAUGACGAGUUUACCACGUCCGUCUACGGCUCGCGCUUCGCCCGCGAGGACCUGCCCAAGAACUGCAUGCCCGAGGGCGAGAUGCCCAAGGAGGUGGCCUACCAGAUGAUCAAGGACCAGCUGAGCCUCGACGGCAACCCCAAGCUCAACCUGGCUUCAUUCGUCUCGACCUACAUGGAAGAAGAAGCCAUCAAGCUCAUGACCGACGCCUUCCCCACCAACUUCAUCGACUACGAAGAGUACCCCUACACCGCCGACAUUCAGAACCGCUGUGUCAACAUGAUUGCCAACCUCUUCAAUGCCCCCGCCGAAGACGCCAUUGGCACUUCCACUGUCGGCUCCUCCGAGGCCAUCAUGCUCGCCGUCCUUGCCAUGAAGCGCCGCUGGAAGCAGGCCCGCCAGGCCGCCGGCAAGUCCACUGAGCACCCCAACAUCAUCAUGUCAUCAGCCGUCCAGGUCUGCUGGGAAAAGGCGGCCCGCUAUUUUGAGAUUGACGAAAAGUACGUCGACUGCACCCGCGAACGCUUCGUCAUUGACCCCGAGACGGCCGUCUCGCUCGUCGACGAGAAUACCAUUGGCAUCGUCUCCAUCCUCGGCACCACUUACACGGGCCACUACGAGGACACCAAGGCCAUCAAUGACUUGCUCGUCGCCAAGAACAUUGAUUGCCCCAUCCAUGUCGACGCUGCUUCUGGUGGCUUCGUCGCGCCUUUUGUCGUCCCGGACCUGGAAUGGGAUUUCCGCCUGCCCAAGGUUGUCUCCAUCAACGUCUCCGGCCACAAGUACGGCCUCGUUCACCCCGGCGUCGGCUGGGCCGUCUGGCGCUCUUGCGAGUACCUCCCCAAGGACCUUAUCUUCAACAUCAACUACCUCGGCGCCGAGCAGUCGUCCUUUACCCUCAACUUCUCCAAGGGUGCGUCCCAGGUCAUUGGCCAGUACUACCAGCUGAUCCGCCUCGGCAAGCACGGUUACCGCGCCAUCAUGAGCAACCUGGUCCGCACCGCCGACCACCUGUCGGACCGUCUCCAAGAGCUCGGCUUCAUCAUCAUGUCGGAGAAGUCUGGCGACGGCCUGCCGCUUGUCGCUUUCCGCUUCCCCGCUGGCAAGGAGAAGGGCGCCGUGGAGGACCGCGUCUAUGACGAGUUCGCCCUCGCUGCCCACCUGCGCGCCCGUGGCUGGAUCGUGCCCGCUUACACCAUGGCCCCCAAGACGGACGGUCUCAAAAUGCUGCGCGUCGUCUGCCGCGAAGACUUUUCCCGCAGUCGCGCCGACGAUCUCAUUAGCGACAUUGGCCUCUGUCUCGGCCUGUUGGCCACGUCAGAUAAGGAGUCGCUUGACCGCGCCAAAAAGUACGUCCAGCAGCACGUCUCGUCGCACAGCAAGAAGAACCACAAGCACACUGUCCACGAGUACAAGAACGAGGAGCACUCUCUCCAGGGCAAGACGGGUAAGACGCACGCCAUUUGUUAA